GAGAGAGAGAGAAUACAGAGAAAUACAAUUAAAUACAAAAACAUAAACUUAUCAAUGUAAAAUCGUAUGUACUAUAUGCCGAAAAUGGAAAAGCAAACUAAAACUGAAAACAACAAAAAAAAAACACUGACAAAGAAAAGAAGAAAACAAAAAAAAAUACACAAAAAAUACAAGAUUAUAAGAAAUAAAUACAUUUACAUAGAUGUUGCAAAAAUCAAGCAAAGAGAGCGAUAUAUGGAUUUUGAGGCCUGUCCCGGCACCUGGCCACCAUCCCAAUCCCAGUCCCAAUCCCAGUCUCAAUCCCACUGGCACUGCCACUGCCUUUCCCAAAUCCGCCCCUCUGUGAAUUUGUGUUUCCUGUCAAAUGGCAGCUGCCAUUCCAAUGCUGCUGGACGCCAUCUUUCUGAUACCCAGACUCUUCACCUAUGGUCUCAUUCUGCUGCUAAUCUGCAUAAUGUGCUUCAUUGUGGUCUACAUCAGCCACAAGAUCUACAUCUCCGUUUACGACAAUCUGCCGCUGUCUGGCCACCAACCCAUGCCCAUGCCCAUGCCCAUGGGCGUCAUUCGCGAUUACAUCGACUCACCGGUGCGCCAUCUGCAGAGUGUCCAGAGAGCCACCAGCAGAUCGUCAGCCCAGCAGACGGCCAGCAUGUAUGACCGCUCCAUUUCGCUGCAGAACCGCUCGCAAUUCAUCCAGUCGACGACGGUGCGGAUCACGCUCAGCCUGGACCCCUGCUAUCUGGUGGGCAUUAAGUUUGACAUGAGUCCCAGCCGGCGUUCCAUCAGCUUCAUGUGCAGCUGCGAUCGCGAGGCACCAGUCUGUGUCUGUGCCGCCGUCACGGAGCGCCCAUCUGAAUCCGUCCGCAUAAUCCGCUACUAUGACCAGCUCUCCAAGAUCUCGCGGCUAAAAUUCAUGCUCAAGUGCAGCCACAGUCCAACCAUGCCCACCAUGCCCACCAUGCUGCGGGAAGAGCAGCGCUCGGAUCGCCCUGGACAACAUCAUGUGGCGACGGAGAAGUACCCCAAUUCCGGAGACGAACAGUAGGACCGGCUGCCAUCCGGCACAGCAUAAGGCACAGCAGCGCAGGCCGAUGGAAUGACUGUGGAAUGUGGGGCAUGAAGAGGGGGGCAUCUCGGAUGCAUCUAUAAUUAGGUUUUUCAUUUUUGAUUUUGUGUAGAACUCGUUUCGAGCGCCUGCUCGCUCUCACAUCGUGCAUGCGAUUAAAGUGGAGUCGUCGUCGAAUACUCUAUUCAUAGUCUAGUCCGCGGAGACAGGCCUCUCUGUGGUUUCAGGGUCGUCCGGCCAGUGGGUCGUCGCUGGGCGCACUGGGCUCACUGGGCUCACGCCAGCCUAUUAGAAUCGCGUGACUGGCAAAGGCAUGGUAUGGGGUCCGUUUUUGUUUUGUUUCAAGUGCGGUGCACAAGGGGGAAUGUACUCGCACCUGUGGCACCUGUCUCUGUCAAUGUCCCCAAGUCUGGCUAUGCGCUUAUCAUUGUGAUUGCGUGGAAACGUUAUCAAUAGAUAAAGAUGUUCUAGAGCCAAGCCAGUUCUAGAGCUAUCCUCCACCUCCCCACGCACCUUAUCGCUGGUAAUGGCCAAGUCGCAGUGGCCGAGCAGAACAUCGCUUCACCACCACCAUCAUCAUCAUCAUCGUCGUGAUCACAAUCAUCCAGGGUCCCCAAGCAAUUUGCUAGACGCCAUUUCAUUCUUUAUUGAGGCAACCAAUUAAGAAGGCGGCGCUGCUGAUUUGAUUGCAAUGCUCGAGUGAGAGUACGACUGGAAUUCUAUGAAUUAUACUUUCAUAAGUCUCUCGCUUGGCUCCAGGCACGUAGUCAGAUGAAAAGCAUUGAGCCCUGGUCAAAGGGAAAGCUCCAGAACCUGUCUAAUCGCGGUCCAAGUCUCAGAUUGUACUCACAGUAUUCGGAUUCGGAUUGCACAAGCCGCUUAUCAAGACACAAAAAAAAAACUACUCCCAGACAGACGGCGGAGCACAACAGUCUCUACAGCACCAGCACCAGCACCAGCACCAACACGACGACAAACAAUCUGGCAACGAAUCGUAUACGUAAUGCCAAACAAAGUUCCAUUCAUUUAACUCGAUUCGCUCGAUUCAGUUCUCAGGCAGGUGUCAAGCGACGCACACACGACCCACCGACGCGCGGCAUUUUAUUUUCCAACAGGAACACACACGUACCCCAUAAUACACCAUACAAUAUACGAUACUUAAUUAGCAUACGCGUUUCAGUUCUGUUUCUGUUUCUGUUUCGGUUCGGUUUGACGUUCUCUGUGUGUCGUCCGGUUGGUCGCUUGGUCGUUUGGUCGCUUUGUCGUUUUGGACUGUCUCCCGCAUUUGCCUUUGCUUCCACUGUCACUGUCAAUAUAUAUACUUGCACAUUAUUUUUUGUUUCGGUGAGCCGUACAGUACAAAGUAUCAGAAAAAUUUGAAGCGUUUUCAAGUAAAGAGCAACGACG